AUGAAUGUUAAAUCUCUGAGACCGGGACAAAAUGCCAGACGAUAUACAAUUAAACUAACAGUAGAGGAAUCAAGUUUUACCGGUCGAGCAGUUAUAGAAGUUGUUUUGACAGAAGAAACUAGGAGUGACCCUAUAGAAUUUUAUGUUGAAGAUUUGACAGUAACAAGUGUUGUAGUGGGGAGCUUUUCCGUUGCUAAUGAAAUUGUAUCAAGUUGGGAACUGCAAGAUGGCCAAUUGAAAAUUACACCUGAGGAAACAUCGUCUUUCCUCAUAGUUAUUGUGGAAUAUACGGGAGAGUUGAAGAAUGCUGGUAUUGGUAUCUAUAGAGGACGCUUCGAUGCAGAUUCAUAUGUGGCUAUGAAUCUUCACCCAACAAAUGCUAGGCGUGUCUUCCCUUGUAUUGAUGAGCCUGAUAUUCAAACGACAAUUUCGCUUACAUUCGCUGGACUGAAUUCAUACAAUCAUGUUAUAGCUAACUCCAAACAAUUAGCAGAACAACCGAAUGCAAAUGAACUACAAUUCGAGCCAUUGCCAGGAACCCCACAUCUUUGGGGCAUGAUAGCUCACAAUCUGAAUGCAGCCAACUUACCAACAUCAAGAGUCGUCGUAUAUACGCGACCAGGGCGUAAUAGUGGUGACCAGCAGUCAUACGUAGCUAUUAGUAGUUAUUUUAACUUUUUCAAUAAUUUCACCGGGAAACCAUACGAGAAUAUAAUUGCCAAUCAGCAAGGCGAAUUGCAUAUAAUGGCGUUACCGGAUGUCGAUCGCGAUUGGUAUGCGUUAUCGACAAUGGCGAUCUGGGAACCUUAUAUCGUUAUAGAAGUAUCGGCAGCCGCCAAACAAAAGCAAAUUGGUUUUGUUGAAAUCGCCCAAGCAAUGGCAAGACAAUGGUUUGGAUAUGUCUUGGCUCCCACGAACUGGAGACAUGAAUGGGUUAUCACUGGCUUAGGUCGGUACACCGCAUUUGAGGCAGCUAGAGCGUUGGAAUCAAACCCUGAGGAAGUAGCACGAAUAGAUAUGGACCAUGUCUUUGUGAGCGAUGUCAUUCAAGAGAGUUUACUAUACGAUUCAUACACGAAUGCCCUACCCUUACAAAUUAAUGAAGAUAUUUAUGAUGAAGAUGCUAUAAGAAACCAUAUCAAUGGCUUGCUCAAAACUAAAGCUCCAGCCAUCAUGAGAAUGUUGAGCUUGGUUCUCUCUCAAAACCCUGAAGUUGAUUACAUCCGCAACGCGGCUGCCACACUGUUUAAUACGGCGUCUUUAGCGAAUGUGAACUCCCGCAACUUUUAUGACACACUGUCUACCGUUUGGAGUCAGGCCACACCUCUUAUAAACAAUGUCAUCGACUUUAUUGAACCGUGGAUUUUAAACAAUAAUUACCCUGUUGUUCGCAUCGAACAGCGACAGGGUAGUGGUGUGAUUGUGACUCAGGAACGUUUUGGAUUUGCAUCGCGUCCCCAAAUGAACUUCAUGAUACCAUUGAGUUUUACAACUCGGGUUAACCCAGAUUUUAACAACAUUUAUCCAACACAUUUGUUGGAGGCUUCAACAACCAUUUCUAUGGAUCUUGGGGACGAGGACUGGGUUAUAUUUAAUGUUCAGGGACAAGGUUAUUAUAGAGUCAAUUACGAUAACGAAUUAUGGGAGAGGAUUAUAGAGGCUUUGGAAGACGAAGAACAACGAAAUAUUAUACAUCCAAUUAACCGAGCUACCAUCCUUGAUGACGCUUUAAAUCUGGCAAGAUCUGGAAGGGUAGACUACUCUAUUGCGCUACGGAUUGUUUUGACACUAAAUCUGGAGACGGAGUAUGUUGUAUGGAAAGCAUUUGAUAGAAAUAUGCACAUAUUGAGAAAUCAUCUCGAAGCACUUGUUGAUGGUGACGAUGACUUGGAUCAAGAUAUCUAUCAGAGAGUUAUACGGCGAAUAAUGAUGACAGCAGAGUCCGAUCUAACAUUUACCCCUGAGUUAAACGUAAAUGAACGAGCUAUGCGAACCCUGUCUCGAGGUCUGAUUAUGGAUAUUUCUUGUCGUGGCGGAUACGAGCCUUGUAUUGCUGCAGCAGUUGACUGGUUUAGAAAUCCCGCAGAUAAUACUGUUGUGAAUCCUAAUAUCCCUGCUGAUCUACGCCCAGCAGUGUUCUGUGCAAACGUGAUGACUGGUGGAGAAGAAGAGAGGGAGCUCCUCGAGGCUUAUUUGACAACUAUAAACAACCAGUACGAGAGAGUCGUUGUACUCGAAUCACUGGCUUGUUCGCGCGACGAUGAUUUUAUACAAUCCUAUCUAAAUGAAGUUGUAGCAGAUAACAGUCCAUACAAUACUGAAGAGAAAACUCGAAUUAUGAUUGCAAUCAUCAAAUCCCGCUUCCAGAAUGCAAAACGGGCAUUAGAUUUUAUAUCAAGGAACACGGCACAGAUAAGGAAUGCACUGGGAGGACCCGAGAAAUUGGAAGAAGUUUUAUACGCUCUGUCAAGAAAUAUUGCUAAUGGAGACAUGACAUCUGAUUUCACAAUUUGGGUCAACUCCCUCCAUAGUAACCUGGAUACAUCCUUGGUUAUCGCAGAAAGGCUUAGGGACCAGAUGCAACAGGAUAUGGAUUGGAACAGAGUAUAUUUGAACACAGUUUACGAAUGGUUAGACGAAAAUGAUGCGCCUACCCUAGUAGGCUCUAUUGUUUUAUUAAGUGUAUCAGUUUUGAUGGCUUUAUUUAAUUAA